GCCACUUCUGGUGGGAGCGAGCGAGGCGGGCAGAGCCAGUCACUGGGGGAGAAGGAGGAGGCAGCAGCGCGCCCAACAGCAGGCAGGAUGCCAAACUGGGGAGGAGGGAAAAAAUGUGGCGUGUGCCAGAAAACCGUGUACUUCGCCGAAGAGGUACAGUGCGAAGGCAACAGUUUCCACAAAUCCUGCUUUUUGUGCAUGGUUUGUAAGAAGAACCUGGACAGCACAACAGUGGCUGUUCAUGGAGAAGAGAUCUACUGCAAGUCAUGUUAUGGCAAGAAGUAUGGGCCAAAAGGCUACGGAUUUGGACAGGGAGCAGGGACCUUAAGCAUGGACAAGGGGGAAGCACUAGGGAUCAAACACGAAGAGCAACAACCCCAUUAUCCCACCAACAACCCCAACCUAUCCAAGGUGGCACAGAAAGUGGGAGGUGCUGAUGGCUGCCCCCGCUGUGGUCAAGCUGUGUAUGCGGCAGAGAAAGUGGUUGGCGCUGGGAAGUCAUGGCACAAAUCCUGUUUCCGAUGUGCAAAGUGUGGCAAAAGCCUGGAGUCUACAACUUUGGCUGAUAAGGAUGGUGAAAUCUACUGCAAAGGCUGCUACGCCAAGAACUUUGGACCAAAGGGCUUUGGCUUCGGGCAGGGGGCAGGAGCACUUGCCCAUUCCCAGUAAGGAAGUGGACUGUUUGCUCUGAAAUCUUCAUUCCAGUAGUCAAUGCUUUAUCAGUGCUGAGCUUACCCAGACUGACCCUCUGAAAAAUCCAGACCAUUUCACCAAUUCCUGCAAAUGUAUUAUUAAUGCAGUACCAGUACCUGCUGCUUUCCAGUGUUUUCUCUGGUCCACCUCCUUGUUUGUUAGCUGGCCAAACAAGUAUGACUCUAUUCUAUAGGCUCUUGAAGACACUAAAAGGUUCCAAAUUGCUGUGAUUGGCUGGAACUCACCAUAGAUAGCAUCAGCACAACAGCCCCUUUAGCACAGAUUCAUGCUUACAGUCACAGCGGACACUAUAACUAGCAAAGAGCAUAGCUGUAUCUGUCUAUAAAAUGCUGCCACAGUUUCCUCAAACACUUUCCUCCCACUGGGAACAGUCAUGUACUGGGGCAUCAAACCACACGUUAACAGUCUUAACAAAAAUUAACAUGCAAAAUAUUGAAGCUGAUCAAAAGUUAUUAAGGCUUGCAAGAACGAAGAGCUGGAAAGGAUGAAACUACCUGAGUGGGAAAGAGGUACAGGCAGAGUAGGUAAAAAUAUUUAAGCAUGUAAAUGAAGCAUAUUUCUUAAGCUCGGAGGAAUGAACAGAAUAAAUGUUAAGAGUUUUUCAUUUACUGCUACUAGACAAAUAUAUUCUGUAGUAGCCACCGCUGUAGGCUUCGUUCCUCUUUGGGAGAACAGUGGCGUUUAAAAAUACAUGCCCAGAAAUGAUGCUAUACAGCUGCCUUUUCCAGUGGCUUUGCUAUAAUUCCUAGAAGGUGUGCAAACUUGGAAGUAACCAGUGAAAGUUGCUACUUUUGAUUCCAUCUAGGUGUAGCUCUCCUAUGGCAACAGGAAACAUUUAGGGAGCAAUCCUAAACAGGUCUACUUAGAAGUAAGUCCCAUUUUAUUCAGUGGGGCUUACUCCCUGGAAAGUUCUAUUAGGACUGUACCUCAAAGGAUCUAAAAAUCCAGUUUACUUAUACAUGCUUUGUCAUUGUUCCUGUCUGUGUCACUUCCUCCUUGAGCAAUGGAAAUGUUUGAUGAGGUCAGUUUCACUUUUCUCCUCCCAGUGUCCAUAAAUAGUUACUGUCUUUUCAGUCAUGGAGGCUUCAGGAGAAAGGGGAAAGCUCUGUCUGUAUUACAUCAGCCUAGAGCUGCACAUGCCUGAACUAUCCUUUCCAAACCCAGGUUGCAAUAAAGGAUCCAUCUCAUUUCCAGCAAAUGAUUAACAUACUAGAAGAAUGAAGCUAGUAAUUAAGCUGAACUGCAGCAUACCAUUAGUGGAGAAAAGAAACUAAAGUGGAUUAGGGUCCUCUCCCUUUACACUGCAGAAAUUUUGUGAUUGUAGAAAGUAAUCUAAAUAAAUUAGUCCAAGGUAUAUUAACACCCUCAGAAAUGUUACAAUUGCCUCUGUAAGGCUGUAGGCAAGAUUUGAGUUUUCAAGGUCUUACAUGUUUGUGGCCUUGUUAGGGUGUUUUUUUUUUGGGGGGUGGGGGGUUAAACAGAGAAAUUUCUCUUAGAAUCAUGGAAGGGACUUCCAGGGUCAUCUAGUCCAGCCCCCCUGCACAAUGCAGGAAAUUCACAAAUACCUCCCCCUCCACACCCCCAGUGACCGCUGUUCCACGCCCAGAAGAUGACAAAAAACCUCCAGGAUCCCUGGCCAAAACGGCCAGGAGAAAAAUUGUUUGUUUCCAAAAUUAAAAUGGGCCCAAAUAAUGCUGAAUCAUUCUGGUGUGAGCUAAAUACACACCUUUCUUCCUUUAGGAUGUAGGCUGAACAGUGUUUUAAUCUGUUCCUCCCUCCCGAGGUGAUUAACAUGGAAUUAGAUUACAAUUCUAUUGUCCUGCACAAAACUUUUACAAGCAUGUUGGAAAGAUUGUAAUAAUAGAUUUUACAAUGUUUCUUGCAUACAAGAACCAUUCAAAGAUUAUUCUAUCUAUUCAAUAAAGCUGUUAA